AUGGACACGAGCACAGCACAGGGAGAGCUGGGUUGGCUGCUGGACCCCCCAGAGGAUGGGUGGAGUGAGGUGCAGCAGAUACUGAACGGGACUCCCCUGUACAUGUACCAAGACUGCCCAGGGCAGGACGGCGGAGAUACAGACCACUGGCUGCGCUCCAACUGGAUCUACCGGGGUGAAGAGGCCUCGCGGGUGCACGUGGAGCUGCAGUUCACCGUUCGGGACUGCAAGAGCUUCCCCGGGGGGGGCGGGCCCCUGGGCUGCAAAGAGACCUUCAACCUGCUGUUCAUGGAGAGUGACCAGGAUGUGGGCAUCCAGCUGCGACGCCCCUUGUUCCAGAAGGUAACCACAGUGGCUGCAGACCAGAGCUUCACCAUCCGAGACCUGGCCUCGGGGGCAGUGAAACUGAACGUGGAGCAGUGCUCCUUGGGCCGCCUGACCCGCCGCGGCCUCUACCUGGCCUUCCACAACCCAGGGGCCUGCGUGGCCCUGGUGUCCGUCCGGGUGUUCUACCAACGCUGCCCGGAAACUGUGCACGGCCUGGUCUGGUUCCCCGACACGCUCCCUGGACCUGGCGGCUUGGUGGAAGUGGCGGGGACCUGUUUGCCCCAUGCCCGAGCCAGCCCCAGCCCCUCGGGUACACCCCGCAUGCACUGCAGCCCCGAGGGCGAGUGGCUGGUGCCCGUGGGCCGGUGCCACUGUGAGCCCGGCUACGAGGAAGGCGGCAGGCGCCAAGGCGAGGGCUGUCUGGCCUGCCCCAGCCACUCCUACCGGGCUGACGUGGACACGCCCCAUUGCCUCAAGUGCCCCCAGCACAGCAGCGCUGAGUCUGAGGGGUCCACCGUUUGUACCUGUGAGAGCGGCCAUUACCGAGCCCCUGGGGAGGGCCCCCAGGUGGCGUGCACGCGCCCUCCCUCUGUCCCCCGAAACCUGAGCUUCUCUGUUUCUGGGACGCAACUCUCCCUGCGCUGGGAACCCCCGGCAGAUACAGGGGGGCGCCAGGAUGUCCAGUACAGUGUGGGGUGCUCACAGUGUCGGGGGGCAGCAGUGGAUGGGGGGCCCUGCCAGCCCUGUGGGGGAAGCGUGCUCUUCUCCCCCGGGGCCAGCGGGCUCACGGCUCCCGCUGUGCGUGUGGACGGCCUGGAACCCUACGCCAACUACACCUUCACCGUGAAGGCCCGAAACGGAGUGUCAGGGCUGGGCCGCAGCAAGCCGGGCGGUGCCACCCUCACCAUCAGCAUGGGGCACGCAGAGUCCCUGUCUGGCCUCUCCCUGCGGCUGGUGAAGAAGGAGCCUCGGCAGCUGGAGCUGACCUGGGCGGGGUCCCGGCCCCGCAGCCCCGGGGGGAACCUCAGCUACGAGCUGCACGUGCUGAACCAGGAUGAAGAGCGCCACCAGAUGGUCCUAGAGCCCAGGGUCUUACUGACCGAACUGCAGCCGGACACCACGUACAUUGUCCGGGUCCGGACGCUGACCCCGCUGGGCCCUGGCCCUUUCUCUCCUGACCAUGAGUUCCGGACCAGCCCUCCAGUUUCCAGGGGACUGACCGGAGGAGAGAUCGUCGCCAUCAUCUUUGGGGUGCUCCUUGGCGUGGCGCUGCUGCUUGGGAUUCUCGUCUUCCGUUCAAGGAAAGGACAGCAGCGACGGCAGCCGAGGCAGCGGGACCGAGUCGCUGACGUGGACCGGGAGGACAAGCUGUGGCUGAAGCCGUACGUGGACCUGCAGGCUUACGAGGACCCUGCCCAGGGAGCCCUGGACUUCACCCAGGAGCUUGACCCAGGCUGGCUGAUCGUGGACACGGUCAUAGGGGAAGGAGAGUUUGGGGAAGUGUAUCGAGGGACGCUGAGAAUCCCCAACCAGGACUACAUGACCGUGGCCAUCAAGACCCUGAAAGACACGUCUCCAGACGGCCAGUGGUGGAACUUCCUCCGUGAGGCCACCAUCAUGGGCCAGUUCAACCACCCGCACAUCCUGCACCUGGAAGGCGUGGUCACGAAGAGAAAACCCAUCAUGAUCAUCACGGAGUUUAUGGAAAACGGAGCCCUGGACGCCUUCCUGCGGGAGCGGGAAGACCAGCUGGUCCCUGCCCAGCUGGUGGCCAUGCUAAAGGGCAUCGCCUCUGGUAUGAACUACCUCAGUGACCACAAUUAUGUGCACCGCGACCUAGCUGCCAGGAACAUCUUGGUGAAUCAGAACCUGUGCUGCAAGGUGUCUGACUUUGGCCUGACCCGCCUCCUGGACAACUUCGAUGGCACCUACGAAACCCAGGGAGGAAAGAUCCCCAUCCGCUGGACAGCCCCUGAAGCCAUCGCCCACCGGAUCUUCACCACGGCCAGCGACGUGUGGAGUUUUGGGAUCGUCAUGUGGGAGGUGCUGAGCUUUGGGGACAAGCCUUAUGGGGAGAUGAGCAAUCAGGAGGUCAUGAAGAGCAUCGAGGACGGGUACCGGCUGCCCCCGCCGGUGGACUGCCCUGCCCCGCUGUAUGAGCUCAUGAAGACCUGCUGGGCCUACGACCGGGCCCGUCGCCCCCACUUCCACCAGCUGCAGGCACAUCUGGACCACUUGCUGGCCAACCCCCACCCCCUGCGGACCAUUGCCAACUUUGACCCCAGGGUGACGCUUCGCCUGCCCAGCCUGAGCGGCUCGGACGGGAUCCCCUACCGGAGCGUUCCCGAGUGGCUGGAGUCCAUCCGCAUGAAGCGCUACAUCCUGCACUUCCGCUCGGCCGGGCUGGACACCAUGGAGUGUGUGCUGGAGCUGACGGCUGAGGACCUGGCGCAGAUGGGCAUCACGCUGCCUGGACACCAGAAGCGCAUCCUUUGCAGUAUUCAGGGCUUUAAGGACUGAGCCUCCGGCAACACCCGCCGUCUCAGGGAGCAGGCGGGGCCUGUGGUCACUCACGCCCUGGCCCGCAAGCUACCAGCUGUGGGCAUCUGGUGCUGCUCUGGCCCCUCCUGCCCGAGGAGCUGGCCCCUGGGGCCAGGGACCCUCUGUUACAAGGGGAGGCCAAGUACAGGUACUGUCGGGAGGGUUUAAUAUAUAUAC